ACUGUCCCUACCAAAAUAACUUUUUUCUCUGUCUCUCUCUCUCUCUCUGGAAGAGUCUUUAAAGUGAGUUUAUAAUUCAACACAAACGAGCUCUGUCUCUAAUGGCAUGCUUAGAAAUGUACAACUCCAAUGGUGGUGGUACUCCCAUGAGUCCUAGAAUCUCUUUCUCUAACGAUUUCGUUGAGAUCAGGCCUGAGACGACCAAGACGACGAGAUCAAGCCCUCUCUCUAAACAAGAGGGUUCUUCUUCUUCUUCUUCUGAUAAUUUCGAGUUCUCUGUCUCAAACUACACAAUGAUGCCAGCUGAUGAACUUUUCUCUAAAGGAAAGCUUUUGCCUUUCAAGGAAACCAAUCAAGUCCAGAGAACAUUGAGAGAAGAGCUUCUCGUUGAAGAAGACGAAGAAGAAGGUCCACGUGAUGCUACCAACAUCUUCUCUCUCAAGCCACCAAUCUUCUCAUCAUCAUCUUCUUCUUCUUCUUCUAAGGGAAGGUGGAAAGGACUUUUGGGCCUUAAGAGGGCCCAUAUCGGGUCUAAGAACAAUGAAGAACGAUUUGUUCAUAUGAUUAACAACAACAAACAAUCUCAGGAAGCAAUGGGUGGAAGAGAAGGGUCAAGUUGCAGGGAGAUGAAGAAGAACAAAGAGCGAUCGUCGAUCCCACCACACGUAGCUCUCUACUCUGAGAUCGCCGGCCGAUUCUCGUCGCCGACAAGAGAAGAACCGAGGAAGAGGGAAACAACUAUGGAUUCCACACCUGUGAAUUGGGAAGCGCUUGAUGCUCUCAUCAUCGAUUUCGUUAGCUCUGAAAACCUGGUUGAAGACGCCGCCGCCGCCGCCGCCAAUUCAUCUCCAUCUCCAUUAUCGUCUCCUUCUUCUUCUUCCUCUCCUUCUAUUUCCUCUUCGUCUUAUCACUCCAGAUUGAUCAUUCGCCGGAUCCGAAACUCGAUUGAAUCCGGUGACAUUGAGACCGCCAUCGAUAUCCUUCGCUCCCACGCUCCUUUCGUCCUCGAUGAUCAUCGGAUUCUAUUUCGCCUCCAGAAACAGAAAUUUAUUGAGCUGUUGAGAAAAGGAACACAUGAAGCUGCAAUUGGUUGCUUGAGAACUUGUGUUGCUCCCUGUGCUCUUGAUGCCUACCCGGAAGCUUAUGAGGAAUUCAAGCAUGUUCUUCUUGCACUCAUCUAUGAUAAAAAUGACCAAACCUCUCCAGUAGCACACGAGUGGGCAGAGAAAAGAAGGUAUGAAAUGGCUGGACUGAUGUCAUCUGUCUUGAGAGCUUCUUUGCAAGCAUAUGAUCCACUAUUUUCAAUGACACUAAGAUAUCUGAUAAGCAUACAUAAAGGAUUUUGCUUUCACCAAGGCAUUUCCUCCGCAGUUUCCGAUCUCACUCAUAGACUGCUCCUGGAGGAACGUGACGCACCAGCCACACCUCUGGAAAGCGUGUAUGAAGUACCACCGUUUGAUGAGGUGGACAUACAGGCUCUUGCUCAUGCGGUUGAGCUCACUAGACAAGGUGCUGUUGAUAGCAUGAAAUUUGCCAAAGGUGACCUUUUCCAGGCAUUCCAGAAUGAAUUGUGCAGGAUGCGGUUAGAUGUUUCGGUUCUUGAUGAACUUGUUAAGGAGUACUGCAUAUACAGGGGUAUUGUGGAUUCAGAGAUGCAAAUGAUCAAAGGUCCUGCCAAACGCAACCAAUCGGAGGUGGGCCGCAGCUUAUCAAGAGAUUGUUCUUUGGAAAUAGAUCUCAACACAAGUCAACAUUCAGAUAUUGAGAAUUAUAGCAACAAGAUCAUGCUUGAUGGCUCGCUCACAAAUGACACUGAAAUGUCUUGCGAACAAGGAGGUGACGUUGGCACACGUUAUGGCAGCGAACCAACUAGCGUUUGUGAAGAUUGCAGCACUAGCUGGUCAAAUCAAUGUGAAAAUACAAGAGCUCUUCUUAGAAUUAGAUCCCAUAUGAAUAGUGAGGGGAAUAAACGCAAAAGAUGGUGUGGGCGUACUGCUGAAAUGGAUUGUCUUCCUCGUCUUUCAUUUGCCAAGUCCGAGUCAGGCAUAAAUCCUGUAGAGGACAAGUAUGAGAUAACCUUGGCACUGAAGGAAUUGGUUAGCAGAGGGAUGGCAGCAGAAGCUGUUUACGAAAUCAGCACCAUGGAUCCAGAUUUUUUCACACAAAACCCGGGUUUACUUUUCCAUCUUAAGCAGGUUGAAUUUCUGAAGCUGGUGAGUGCGGGUGAUCACAAUGGAGCUCUAAAGGUCGCAUGCUCUCACUUAGGUCCCUUAGCAGCCAAUGACCAGUCUUUACUGAAGACAUUGAAGGAGACUUUGUUAGUUUUACUCCAACCCGACGGAACCACACCUGGGAAAGAUCUGCCUUUGAAUGAUCUAGCAAAUAUGCUACAGGUUUCUGUCGGUAAUAGGCUCGGGAUCGAAGAACCAAAGCUAAUGAAAAUAAUAAAAGCGACGCUUCACACGCAUACCGAGUGGUUCAAGCUUCAGAUGUGUAAAGACCGGUUCAAUAAUCUCCUAAAGAUAGACUCUUUGAAAGAAGUGAACACUGAUUUGAUCGGUGCUAUCAAAUCAAGAUCAAAUAAAGUUAGCAACACAAACUUGUCGUCUCAAGUCACGACGACGUCUUCAAGCACCAUGACAUCAGAAGAUGGUGGAAGCAGCAGCUUGAUGAUGAUGACUCAGACUUCGCCAAGAGAAGCUUUGUGGGAAGAAAGUGCGAUUCUUAAAGUAAUGGAAUUUCUGGCGAUGCCGAGGUCUGAUGCAAUUCAACUGCUAUCACAAUACAAUGGAGACGCUGAGGCUGUGAUUCAGCAACUCUUUGGGUUCAAUUGCGUCCAUGGACGAACCCUAAAAGUUGAUGAUAAGAUUGAUGGUGGUCACGAUGAUAGGAAAACGAUGAUGGCAUUGGCAAAGCACAGUGAUAUGAUGGUUGAUGACAAGACAGUGCAGUUAUCGCCGCCACCACCACCACCAUCACCGUCACAAUCGGGAGGUAAAGAGGCUGAAGAUUUCAGGCCUACAACGCCAGGCCACAGCCCUGGCAUUGGCCAUAGUUUAUCCCACAAUUAAUCAUUUUCAUGCAAUUUCACAUGUGUAUAUGUGUUGUGAACUCAUGAUUUACUGUUGUUCGUUUUAAUUUUUCUUAAAUUCGUUUCGUGGAAUAAAAUGAUUUAUGUUUU